AACAGCAACCAACUGCCGGCAGACGACACAGCAACGAGGCAAACGUCCAAAUAGCAUUACGUACACCAUCCACAUUCGUUACAUUCAUUCGUUUACAACAUGCCGUCUUCUGCGGCCGUGAAGGCUGCCGCUGCUCUCCUCGGCAAGGGAAACCACCAUUGCCCCAUUACAAUCAGGGCACCUCCUCAUGUUGACUACCUAGUGGGGUUUCCAGGCGUUCCAGCGACAAGACCGCGUCUCAUCGGCACAGUUGAACUCCGUGGCUCCAGCCUCCUGGUCUCCUAUGUCUCCAUCUCCUUACAUUGCACCACGGCCAUAUACCCGCAUUCAUCUACAUCCGCAGCAUUACCCGCAUUACAUUCGACCAAGCGAGAAGUAUCGAAAGUGAUUGGGAAGGAGCUCCUGCUGUACACUGCGCCGGAAGGGCGGCCGCACGAGACGGUACUGUCGAUGGAUAUCCCUUUUGAGUUGGCGUUACCGAACACGUAUGAAGAUUUGCCGACACCGAGUAUUGCUCUUGGAAGGGGACAGAGUGUCAGUACGUCGUAUACGCUCGUGGCGACACUACAUCAGGCGACCGUUGCGGCAACAAGAGUAUCCGUUCCAGUGAGGAUCGACAGAUAUGAUAACUUGUCAACUUGGGGUAUGUUUGCUGUACCACAAGCCGAGACAACACAUGGAGCCGAUCACAUCGUCAGCAUGGGCGUUUCUAUACCACGGACAUCUGCUGGACCGGGUGAUAUCAUGGGUGUCUUUAUCGAACUGAGACCGAAUCCGGAUUGGCCAGUGAAAACGCAGAAGGUGAGGGUGGAUAGUCUUACAGUGAGCAUCGAGCAGCUUCUGACAUACAAAUUUUCGGUGACGGGGCAAAGCGACGUCGUACGUAAGAAGAAGAUCGUUCGUGAGGAGAUCGAGCUUUACCAACAGAAGCUUCCUAAUGAGGGUUUAUCACGGACAAUCAACCUCCCAAUUCCGACCGGAGAAGAAUCACCGUCUCGCUCGUCCUCUCUCAAAUCCGCUCUCUCGUUUGAGAAGGACGACAAAGAGAACGACGCAGUCGCAAUCGGCUUCACCACUGAAUGCGAGCUGUACAAGAUCGAGUACAACUUGUCAGUGAAAGCAAAACUUACGCGUGCAAAGGACGUGGCACUCAAGAUCCCCAUCCACAUCUCACCAUGGAACAGGGCAUACUGCAAGAGGCAGAUGGAGGGUAUCGAAAUGGCAGUACGGGAAGAACGGAAAAGAUACGCAAGAAGUCACCGGGGCGGAGGGGGUAGUGCGUUCGGCAUGCCCAAGAGCGCAAGUAUGGGUCAGGUCAAGAUCGUGAGGCCAGAAGAUGAUCCGCAGAGCAUGCUCUUGGGCGGAAAAGGAUCACCUGGGAAAAGGAGAGUACUGGUGGAGUAAGGCGAGGGAAUGUUUUGCAUGCAUACAUGUACGGUAUACCUAUUGGGCAUUGGAGUUAUGACAGGCGUUGCUUUUUGAUAAAUUGGAGUUCUAUAGGGAUAGAAAUCACACC